AAUCGCUAUUCUAAAUAAAAAAUUGAUUCGUAUCUCGGAACCUUGAACGUAGAAAUUUUCGUAUUACCCAGAAUACCCAUUUUAUUUAUUUUUUGUCUCUUGUUUACUCCCUUCUUAUAUAAGAAUUCACAGACUAUUGUUUUAACUUUAUCAAACUCGCACACCCUCUACGUCUUAGUUUAGUGCUGGCUCCUUAAACAUAAACUUUGUUAUUGUCGCAGAACUGAGCAACUAUGAAUGAAGCAAAAAAGAUUGCAGAAAAUACUGUCAAAUCUCCUAUUAGUGGAGAGAUUGUAAAGAUGAAAUCUUUAUGGGAGAAUCAAGAUUGUGUGGUCACCUUCUUCAGACGAUUUGGAUGAAUGUUCUGUCGCUUAGCUGCAAAACAGCUGAGCGACAUAAAACCACAACUUGAUACAAAAAAUGUCCGCCUAAUUGGUAUUGGUGUGGAAGAAUUAGGAGUGGAGGAUUUUAUUAAAGGGGAAUUCUUUACUGGAGAUCUUUUCGUUGAUAUUGAUAAAAAGUGCUACAAAGACUUGGAAUACAAAAGACAUGGUGUUUUAAGUCUUGGUUCAGCUCUAUUAUACAAAUCCUCAAGAAAUGCUAUGUCAGAAGCAAAAGCUGCGAAUAUACCUAAUGACUUGAAGGGGGAUUAUUAUCAAGUUGGUGGCACUUUUGUUGUCAUUAAAGGAGGUGAGGAGGUGAUCUUUAGCCAUAAGCAACAAGAAUUAGCUGAUCAUGCUGAUACUAAAGAAAUAUUGAAAUGCCUGAAUAUUGAAUAAAUUGUUUCAGGGUUGGCAUAAUUUAAAUCAACUGCAAUUUUAUUAAGAAAUAUAUUCAUUUAAACCAAUUGAUUUGCUUUAAAUAAAUCAUUAAGUCAAAAAUAUUUUUAUAAAUAUAUCCUUUAGGAUUAUUUAUAAAAUUCUUGUGUGAUUCAUUUUAACAGUCUGGUUUCACUGAUGAUAAAGGUAAUAAUAAAGAUUCAAAGAAAUAAUGAAAAGGGAAUUAUUAUAUUAUGGAAUAAAG